GAGAGAGAUGAGAUGUGAAUGGCAGAGACACAGAGAAGAUAUGGUCUCUUCUUGUUCAGGGGAUUGACUGAUCUUGACACCGGUGGAACCAAAGGCACUGGAGAGUGUGGGAAAACUACGGAGCGAAUGGAACGUUAGGGUCAUGGUUGUAAGCAGCCUAUGCUUACAAAUCCUGCUAAUACUCUUUGGAAAUCGACGCAAGUACAUUGCAAAACCCUGGAUCAGAAUUGUCACUUGGACAGCAUACUUAUCAGCAGAUUGGGUUGCAACUGUUGCCCUCGGCAUGAUAUCCAGCUUUCAAGGAGAAAAUAAUGAUCCAGAAAGUUCCACAAAUUCAAACAGCAGCCAAAUCCUGAUGGUUUUGUGGGUACCCUUUCUUCUGCUUCACCUUGGCGGCCCGGACACCAUCACUGCUUACUCAUUGGAGGACAAUGAGCUCUGGCUGAGGCACCUCUUGGGCUUACUUGUGCAGGCUGUAGCCGCUUUAUACAUCUUUUUGCAGUCAUGGAGAGCAAGCCAGUACCAGCUCCCCUCACUAGCAAUACCGAUUUUUUUUUCAGGAAUUAUCAAGUAUGGGGAGAGGACUUGGGUCCUGCGUUCUGCAAGCAGUGAGAGAUUUAGGGAGCUGUUGCUCCCACCCCCUAACCAAAGUGAUUAUGCUGAGUUUGCCACUGAAGUUUAUUCCAAAGAAAUUCGGGGAGAGCCUGCAGCUUUCUCUAUGAUCCCUGAAGCUCCAUUUGUACCUGGAGUUCAUCCCACUAUUGCUGAAGCCAAACCAAUCCAUGAAGCCUAUCAAUUAUUCAAAAUCUUGAAGCAUCUCUAUGCGGAUUUGAUCCUUGAUCAUUAUGAUGAACGAUGGUGCCAUUACAUGAUCGGCGACCAUCCAUUCGAUUACGUCUUCAAACUACUGGAGAUUGAGCUUGGCUUUAUGUAUGAUGUGCUGUACACAAAGGCAAACGUGGUGUAUUCUCUCACAGGUAUCAUUUUUUGCUCCAUCAGCCUUGUUUGCUGCAUUUCCACAUUUUUCGUCUUUUGUCUCGUCAUUGAUAAGCAUCGUUAUUCAACCAUUGAUGUGGCUAUCACUUACUUGUUGUCUGUUGGAGCCAUUGCCCUUGAGCUAUAUGCUAUCGCUGCACUAGUUCUCACAGAUUGGACACAAUAUUGGUUAAGCAAGUAUAAACAUUGGUUAAGCCAGCCUAAAUAUUGGUUAAUCAAGCGUCUACAUACGCUUGCUCCACCUAUCUAUCGAGCAAUCUCUUACUUCCGGUUGAAAUUGAGCUAUGAAAAAGGGUGGUCUGGAACCAUGACACAAUUCAAUCUCAUUGAUUUUUGUGUAAAAGAGAAGCCCAUAAAGUUUGGUGGAAUUCAAAAGUUCAUUGGCACCUAUGACAUUUGGGAGAAGUACUGCUAUUCAACUUUAGAGGAUGUCCCUAUUAAAAUGAAACAGUUUAUCUUUGAGCAACUCAAAGUUGCUCGAAGCGAAAGUCAUGUUAGCCAAGUGUUGAGUUGGAGAGGUGAUCAAGUGCUAGAGAAGACAAAUUGUGAUGAAAAAUUGAGUUGGAGCUUGGUUGAAGUACCUUUCGACCAGAGCAUUCUUCUGUGGCACAUAGCAAAGGAUUUGUGCUACUAUACUGACCUAGAAAAAUAUCAGGAGAUCCCUACUCCCAAUUCGAAACACAAUUUCAGCAAGUUGGUCUCGAAUUACCUGAUGCACAUUCUCGUGACGCGCCCUUUCAUGUUGCCAAAGGGAAUUGGGAAAAUUAGGUUCCGGGAUACUUGUGCUGACGCCACAAAUUUUUUUGAGAAGAGAAGAAGUAUCAUAAGUGGUAGUAAUGGAAAAGGCCGUGCCCGUCAAGUGUUGCUUGAGUUGAACACAGACGUGGAUCCAGAGAGUGUGAUUGGGGAUAGAAGCAAGACAGUAGUGUUUACCGGGUGUAGGCUUGCAAAACAGUUACAAUCACUUGAAACAGAGGAAGAAUGGGGAAAUGAAGAGAAAUGGGAAAUGAUAGCUAAGGUGUGGAUAGAGAUGUUGUGCUAUGCAGCAAGCCAAUGUGGAUGGAAUGAGCACGCCCAACAUCUUAGAAAGGGGGGAGAGCUUCUUACUCAUGUUUGUCUUCUCAUGGCAAAUUUUGGUUUGAGUGAACAAUUUCAGAUAAGAGUAGGGGCGCCAAGAAUAUCUAUCGAAACCAGGGGGUGACUGAGAGUGAGGCUAUCUCUGCGUCUGAGCAGAUCUGUUUGUACUUGAAUUUAUUUUGAUUUGCAAACUAGAGUUCGAAUAUUUAAGACAUGCCUUGCAUUUCAUGCUA